UCUGAGCCGAUUUAGAUUCGCCUCUCGCCGUCGACUGCCUGCCUACUAAUUAUCAUACUACAUGCGUACUCGGCUUCUCUCAAUGUGCUCUCUCCUGUUGCCAACAUGAAGUCCCUUUCUUUUGCCUCAUUGAGCCGCCUUGUUAGCAACACUCCAUGGACCUGCACUAGCUGUCGCACGCAACUUCUCAGGCACGCCAGGUUUCAACGACCCUCCUCCCAGCCAUAUUCCACACGCCUAUCGGGCUCCUCCAAACGUGGUCCGAGAACGAGAGCCGGGGUUGUCGUUUUAACUGCCUCGGCAACGGGCGCUGCUGGUGCUGGCGUGCUGGCCUUUACAGACGAUAUCAAAUAUGGAUAUGACGUGACUGAGCGCACAGGCAGGGUCGCCGCGGCUCUGGCACUAUGCAUCAACGACUACCGUACCUCUUUAAACCAAAGAGAGAAAACCGACGACCUCGAGGAGCAGGAUCUCAUAUUAAAACAAUGCCACAAGAGGUGUGCCGAGCGGACAUUGGAGGUUUUAGAGAAGAAUGGUGGGAUAUUUAUCAAGCUGGGGCAACACUUGAGUGCCAUGACAUAUCUCCUCCCAUACGAGUGGACCAGCACCUUUAUACCAUUGCAAGAUAAAUGUCCCGUUUCGUCAUAUGAGUCGAUCGAAGAGAUGUUCAGGCGAGAUACCGGCGAGGAGCUUCAAGAUUACUUCUCCGAUUUCGCACGCGAGCCGAUAGGCGCGGCUUCGCUUGCUCAAGUUCAUCUAGCCACCGUGAAAGAGUCCGGACAGCGAGUUGCCGUCAAAGUUCAGCAUCCUGGCCUGGCGCAAUGGGCCCCUCUUGACAUGGCCUUGACCAAAUUCACGUUUUCCAUGCUGAAAAAGUUCUUCCCGGAGUAUGACUUAGAGUGGCUUUCGUCUGAGAUGGAGGCUUCAUUGCCGCAAGAACUCGAUUUCCAAUUGGAAGCAGCCAACGCGACGCGUACGAAGGAGCAUUUCCAGAAACUGCCCGAGCUUCCUCUAGUCAUACCUGAAGUGCUUUGGGCGAAGCAGAGAAUCUUGGUCAUGGCAAACGAAUCCGGCAAACGUUUAGACGAUCUCGACUAUCUAGAUUCAUCGGGCAUCGAUCGCGAUGAGGUCUCAGCUACGCUGGCGCACAUCUUCAACGAAAUGAUAUUCGGGAAAAACGCGCCGCUACACUGCGAUCCGCACGGAGGAAAUAUCGCCAUCCGGAAAACGUCCAAACCCAACAGAGGAGGAAAGAACUUCGAGAUAAUAUUAUACGACCACGGUCUAUACCGAGACAUUCCCGGACAUCUCCAGGUCUCGUAUGCCAAGAUGUGGCUGGCGGUUAUCAAUGGCGACAUGGACGGUAUGAAGCAGCACGCCCAUGACGUAGCGGGUAUAACAGAGGAGCAAUUCCCCCUGUUCGCGAGCGCCAUCACUGGGAGGGAUUACACGGUCGUCAGCUCCUCGAUCCUGAAAUCGCGGUCCGAAGAGGAGAAGAAAACCAUGGGCGACGCGCUGCAGGAGGGUCUGCUGUCCGAUCUCGUGACCAUGCUGGGCCAGGUCCCGCGCAUCAUCCUCCUCAUCCUCAAGACGAACGAUCUAACCCGCAGUCUAGACGAGAGCCUGCAUACGCGCCAGGGACCCAUGCGCACAUUCCUCAUCCUCGCGCGGUACUGCGCGCGCACGGUCUUCCGCGAGCAGGUCGACGAGAUCCGCCAGCGGCCCGGGAGUCUCCUGUCCCCUGGGAACGCACUCCGGUUCCUCGUCGCGUGGAUGGGGUACCUGCGGGUGGAGAUCAAGCUCGAGGUCUUCGAGCUCUGGCUUACUGUGAGACGGAUCGUGGGCUACGGGAACGUCGAGUAUAGUAGUGCCGGCACGGCUUUGAUAUAAUGGUAAUUCUAUAUCUUUUUUCCUGCCUGACUUCAGAAAACGCUAUAUGUGCGCUUAGGGUGCUUGAUCACGAGGUGUUUUAUGCGAAGAAUGGACCUUGGACUUUUGAAAUAGAUUAGAUAUGGGGAGUAUCGUGGAUGGAUGGAUGUACGUAUACCCGUUGUUGUAUAUAU